AAGUGAAACACCAGUCCGCACUUGGACAUUCACUUUGUAGCAGCAGGGUGUAAAAGAAAACUCUGCGACGGGAGAAAUUGACCCUUAAAUACUUCAAGAAUAAUACGGCUCUAAAAAGGGAGUUUGGUUUCGUCUGAAAACCCAGUUUGUUUGUUCAUUAUGGACCCCACUAAGUCUCCCAACGCUCCUCCAACCAACUGGUCCGAUGAGAAGUCCACCAUGGGCCACAAUCCCCCUCCGCCCUACCAGGACCAGCCCUACCCGGGAUACCCUCAGCCCGGCCCGGGAUACCCUCAGCCAGGCCCGGGAUACCCUCAGCAAGGCCCGGGGGGAUACCCUCCACAGCAGCAGGGCUAUGGACCCCCGCCGCCGCAGUACGGAGGUCCAGCUGGACAACAGCAGUACCCCACGGGUCAGGAGUACCCAGGACAGCCGUCCUAUGUCACUGUCCAGCCCGCGGUGUAUGUGACUCGAGGCCCGCUGGAACACCCCGUCAACGACUACUUGGGCUACUCCAUCUUCACCCUGAUGUGCUGCUGCCUGCCGCUUGGGAUUGCUGCUCUCAUCUACUCCAUCUCAGCCCGUGAAGCCAACUAUGCCGGGGACCAGAUGGCGGCGGAGCGGAGCAGCAGUAUGGCCAAGAGACUGAACCACAUUGGCCUGGGACUCGGCAUCGGGGUCCUCAUCCUCACCAUCGUCUACGUAGUGGUUACUAUCAAUUAAAUCUGUUUCAACAUCUUUCCUAUAUUUCCGGUCCCCGUUCUCGUUCUACAUCAGGUAAAAUCAGACCACAGGAACAUUGCUGGUCAUCAGGAAGAGUUUUUGUCACCUGAUUGGCUAAAAGACCUUUGAAAAAAGUUAUUGAUAUAUUAAUCAGCAGUUGAUGGCCAUGUAAUCCAUUACUUUCCAAUACCGUAGAGGUGACCACUACAACCUUCCAAAGAUUAUUUUUUUACUUCAACAUGUUUUUUUGUUUGCAAUUUGCUUCCUCUGUUAUCGCACAUCGAAAAUCGACAUUUUUAGUUUUUGACAUGUAAAAUAUUUUUCCCACUUUGAUGCCUUAAGUGGUGGACACUACACGCGUCAAAGGCACGUGGUGGCUGCGUGGCGUGUUGUUUUUUAUUUCGACGUCCAUGUUAACAGAUUAGAGAGGACACACUGCCCGCUCUGUAGAAUAUGCCAAAGACAGUGAAGGUGAUCUAUUGACUGUAUAUUAACUUCAUACCUGUAAGACUUUACUACAGUUUUGAUGUCUAUCUGUAGAAUAUGUUACGGAGAUGAAAAAAGGAAAGACUUAUUUUUAGAUCAACA